AUGGCCGUGGAGGUGUGCGUUGCCGCCCUCGACAAGGACCCGACAUUGCCUGAGCGAUCUCCCCUCGAAGUGCACGACCUAGGCAGGCUACUCAAGUUUUGCCUGUCGAACACCAAUUUCACCUUUCAGAAGAAGUAUUACCGGCAGUUACACGGUGCGGCGAUGGGGGCGUCGAUUUCGGUGACUGUUGCUAACCUAACAAUGGAGGUUAUUGAAGCUCGGGCACUUUCCUCGUUUACGCCGAAACCGAAGUGCUUUCUGAGGUAUGUCGACGACUGCUUCAGUGUUUUGCAGCGGCAGAACCUCGACCUAUUCACGGUUCACCUCAACAGUAUGCAUCCAGCAAUUCAGUUCACAGUCAAAGCGGAGUCUGAGGGCCAGCUACCGUUCUUGGACGCCCUGGUGAAACGCGAUGGCUCAGGCUUGUCGUUCAAGGUGUUUAGGAAGCCCACUCACACGGGCCGCUACCUCAACUACAGAUCGGUGCCCCCGGCUUCACAAAAGAGGUCCGUUGUCGGCUCUCUUCUUCGUCGGGCGGAAAGGGUAUGCACGACAGGGGAAGACCGUGCGGGUGACAAUGCACUGGUGCGGCAGGAGCUGAUGGCGUGUGGCUACCCUGAGUACCUAAUUGACUCAGUAGGGCGCCAUUUGGCUCGUGCAGUGCCCGCCCAAUCUGGACCCACACGGAAACGGGCCGCAAUUCCGUACGUUCCGGGAGUAAGCGAGCCCCUUGCACGAGUUCUGCGGUCUUAUGACGUGCAGGCUGCGCACGUCCCGUCCGGGAAGCUCCGGCACGAACUCGUACGUGUGAAGGACCCUCUUGAAAAGGAAAGGUACCCGGGUGUUGUGUACGUCAUCCCCUUCGAAAAUGAAAUUCAGUUUCUGGACCUACGGCUCAAGUUUACGAAGGAGCACAUCUACUACAAAUACAAUCCGCGAGCCAAGAAAGCCCUGUUACCGUAUGAAGGCAUGCACUCCAAGUUCGUUAAAAGGGGCAUUGUGCUGUAA